UCGUCUGACACCCGAACGCCCAGUUGAGUUUGGCCGAACUAUGAACCUUUAAAAAAAAAAUAAAGCGUCAUUGCUUGGCCUACUUUGUGAGAGCACAGAGAGACCGUCAGAGAUACAUUCUAACACAUUAUCGAGUUUGUACACAGAUAAUUUAGAAGCAUGCACAGCUAACAUUUGAAAUUUAAAAAUGCGCUGCACAUUGACCCUGGCAUUUUUAGUGCCAUCUCUGAUGUCACUGACAUUCUGUUCAGCAAAGAAUGUGGUCAUGUUUCCUUCACCGACAAAAAGCUAUCUCAUCUACCACGCCAACAUAGCCCAAGCUUUGACGGAACGUGGCCACAACGUGACCAUAUGUGUCCCGGACUACCUGGCCAACAAAGGGCUCAUCCGGAACAGAAACAUCCACAUUUUGAGGUACGGGAAGCAGCACGGUGACAUGGAGGCCUACAUUUACAACAAAUCCGAAGUCAUAGCACGAUUCUGGAGAAGGGAGGUGCAAAGUAUCCAAGCUCUCUUCGCUGUCGUUAACGUGUUUAAAGAUUUGGUGGAAAAAAUACUCUCUGAUCCCACAUUUAUUCCAUCCAUUCAAGAUUUAAACCCAGAUUUUUUAGUCAUCGAAAGUUUUCAAUUUAUCAGAAAUAUGCUUGUGUUGCCCUACAAACUCGAUAUUCCGUUUGGCCUCAUUGGCCCCAGCCACGACUAUUUCCUUAGUAGGGUCCCAUUUAAUCCUGCCUCAGAGCCAUUGUUUUCUGAAACCGGAAGUGAUAAGAAAACGUUUACAGAAAGAGUGAAAUCAGCCGUCACUUCUGCAGUUUUUAUGUUCUACGACAUAAGUGCCGACGCUGACGUUGUCUCGAGAUACGCCCCUGAAAAACCGUACAUGUCAAUCAGGGAUAUUGCACUGAAGGCUGAGGUAUUUAUUGCAGAGACAGAUCAUGUACUAGAUUACCCACGCUCUAGUCUUCCUAACACAAAACUUAUUGGGGGAUCUUCGGUGAGUGAGGCCAAACCAUUGUCAGGAGAAAUAAAGAAGUUUGUUGAAGAGUCUGCCAUGGGCGUAGCUGUUGUGUCUUUUGGUGGAGGUGAAAUAUAUGUUCCCCAGGAGAUUCAAUCUAAAAUGAUAGCAGCAUUUAAAAAACUAAAUCUCAAUGUGGUCUGGAAGUUUGAUUGGGCUUCUGAUCAAACGAACAAAAUUUUAGCUUUGAAAUGGAUUCCUCAAAAUGACCUCUUGGGUCAUCCUAAAACUAAAGUGUUUGUUUCCCACUGUGGGAAAAACGGUCAGUACGAGGCACUGUACCAUGGAGUUCCAAUCCUUUGUCUUCCUAUUUAUGGCGAUCAAUUAUACAAUUCUAAACGAAUAGCUGUGAAAGAAUUCGGACUAUAUGCAGAUAUAAGGGACGUAACUCCCGAAAAUUUAACGCAGCUGAUUCAGCAAGUAGCAGACGAUUCUAAAUAUAGAACUAACAUCCAGAAAGCAUCACAAAUAUUCAAAGAGCUUUACAAAAUUCCCAGCAAGGAAGCUGCUUUCUGGUUUGAUCACGUGAUGAAAUAUGGUGGAAGUUACAUGAGGUCGUCAGGUCAACAAAUGCCGCUCCACCAAUUCCUUCUGCUGGAUGUUAUUGCAUAUUUAUCUACCAUUCUGGUUGUGUCUUUGCUGGCAUUUUAUAAAAUUUUGAGGCUGUGCAUCAAUCGUUUCAAGAAAACAAAAGUGAAAACGGCUUAGCAAAAACCAAAAUUAGAUAAAACUGAACAAAAUGAACAUUAUACCUUAACAUUUAUAGAACAUAGGAACUUAUGCACAUUUGUUUUUAAACGUCACCUUUAUGGAUGCCACUGUGGUUAUCCUUUAGACCCACAUGGAUUAUAAAACUAGCAUUAGGAUUUUUGCCACAAGGUCAAUUGUUGAUAAUGGACCUCAUUCAUCAACCGUAAACAAACAACAUUUAGCCAGCAGGAGCGAUAGCCCCCCCCCAACCCCCUCCCAACGUGGACGACCCCCCCCCCUCCCAGUGCCGUUAGAGCAUAGGAUGGUUUGCCUGAUUCAGACAGGAAAACCAGUGGCUAAAUUGACACAUGAAAUGCAUAGGACGUAAUUGUCUUCUUUUUUUUUUUUUGAAGUAACGUCUGUAAUUUAUAAGACAAGAUAUUCAUACUGAACUUUCUAAAAUUUUUGUUUUCGAUGUCAAAACUUUUGCACUGAGAUUACUUUUUGAUUACGUCAUUAGCUGUUGUAGUUCAAGAUAAGACAACCUUCUACCAACUUGUCCUUUUUUUUUUUUUUUUUUUACUAGUCAUUUUCUUUUUCAGAUGUACAUGCGUGAUUAUAUGAAUUCAUUUCUUGUUAUGACAUUUGUAUUUUUUUUUUACUCAAAACGAAAGAUAAUAAAAAUAUUGAUUUCUA